AUGUCUACACCGGCGGUAUACUCUUCCCUCGAAAAGGAAGACCGCAUGGAUGAAAAGACCCCAGACCAUCAAACUUCUCCUACGUCUCCACCAAACACGAAGCAUGAGAACAAGGGUCUUUACAAGCUCGACAGCUGGCUGAGAGCUUAUGUUAUCAUCUUAUGUGUCUACUUCGCCGGCGCUGUAUUCUGUCUGGCAUGGUCUUACACUGGUGCUGUGCUGGACACAGAUGCUUCGAAACGGCGUGUCUUUCGAACGAGUUCUUCUCUACCCGUCGAUCAGUUUUACUCGGGUAUAGCUCUAUCGGCACUCCUCGGACCAGCAACAGUUCUUGUCCAAUUCGUUGUUUGGGACUUCCGAAGAUUGCAUCUCUUUGCUCUUACUACGCAGCAGCCCGUGGCGGUCAAGGAUCUAGACGACAUCGCGGAGAGUCUGACGCUAUGGACCUUGAAAACGGUUGUCAAGUAUUCCUGGUGGUAUGGUGUUAUGCAUGCCGCUUUGAUUCUUACUAGAACACUACUCAUGCCCGUUGGAGCGCUUAUACUUACUGUUGGACCGUAUACACACUACAGAGAUGGUUUCGGCGUCGUUGGACUUCCAAUCUCCGCGGCGGAUGCGAUUAGUUCCAACAUCACAUCCCUCUCAACCGCCAUGGGCACAAACCCAAAUUCAAAGUUCCAUCCUUCACUUUCAAAAAACGACACCUUUCUCUCUCAGACAGUCUUCACCUUUGUCGGCAGUCUCGUGUCCCAAAAUGCCCUUGCAAACGUCGACUCUGGCAUCUUGGGUCCUGUACCGACACACAACCUUACCUUCGCUACAAACACGACUUACGACGGAAUAGUCUUUUUCAACUGGACCGCCAACUGCGAAGCAGCUACUGAAGUAAACUACACUUCUCACAAAGACGACGGCAACACUGUUUACAACUUUACACUUCCCGACAACAGCGUGGAAAGCAUUGAGCUCCUAUCGCAAGGAUCACAGAGGAUUCGGCUUUGGAGUAACGCCACAAAGUAUGGCACCGACAAGAUCCCUACUUCUGGCACGACUUAUUUCCUUUCCGCGACAAAGUCUAUCCCAAAUAUCAACGAGACCGCCCUUCGAAAUCGCGGUGACGAUAAGAGUUUAGUUCAAACAGACGGCGGCGACUGGAUUUCCCGAACAAAGUGUACUCCUCGUCUAGAAUGGCUUAUCGGAUCUUGUACUUUCAACGGAACGAUUAUGACAUCUUGCUUCGAAAAAGCCGACUCAAACAAAACAGCACUCGACACACAGGCGCUCGAUUCUCUAAGUGUCUACAUGUCCGCCAUACCGUGGUACAUCAUCCGCAAUCGAAUCAGUAUCGUCGACGAUACUCUCGACACACUCUACACGAUUCCUACAUCGAAAGAUUUCGGUCACUUCUUUGGUAACAUGGCGCACGCUAUUGUUUCCAUUACUACGGCGGGAUACUUUGGAACAUCGGAAGUUGAGACGAUGUCCAAGGUUAUUGAAUCAGUUUACAUUGUGCGAUGCAGUAUUUUGAUCGCUGUGACUGUUAUGCUCUUCCUUACUGUUACAGUAUCCAUCAUCGACAUCAUUCGGAACCGUGUAAAGCGUCUUCCACAGUUACAUGCUAGUUUCUUGGCUAUCGCUCAUGCUGUACGUGGACAAUGGUGGGAUCAAGAGCUUGUUGGUUACAAGCCAUGGGAAGCGACAAAGUCUAGGAGUGCAGGGGAGGCUACGAUUAUGUUUGGCUUGGAUAUGGAGGAUCCUAGAUAUAUUAGGCUUGCACCGACUGUGGCACCGAUCCGUUAA